AUGAAGUCUACAUUUAAGUCAGAGUAUCCAUUCGAAAAGAGGAAGGCGGAAUCCGAAAGGAUCGCUGAAAGGUUUAAGAACAGGAUACCUGUAAUUUGCGAAAAAGCUGAAAAGUCUGACAUUCCAGAGAUCGAUAAGCGUAAAUACCUAGUUCCCGCUGACCUUACUGUUGGACAAUUUGUUUACGUUAUCAGAAAGAGAAUUAUGCUUCCUCCUGAAAAGGCCAUUUUCAUUUUUGUCAAUGACACUUUGCCUCCCACAGCAGCACUGAUGUCUGCCAUAUACCAAGAACAUAAGGAUAAGGAUGGAUUCUUGUAUGUUACUUACUCAGGGGAAAAUACUUUUGGUAGGUAG